GUAAAUGAGUUGUAGGUUUCCUUGGGAGCGUCUUCUUAAGCCUUGUCCUUCAAGGUUGGGUCUUGCUAUUUUCAUCCAUUUUGCUUUGAAUACCAAGCUCUAAAAAAACACAAUUUGUCCUUCACCACUAACAAUUUCUGAAAUGGGUAUUCCAAAACUGGUUGAAUCUCUGAUCUUUUAAGCUAUAACCCAUCCGGGUCUUCUUCAUUUUGAUCCAAAAGUACUGUUCCAUUAAAAGAAAUUUCAUCUGGGUCGUCGUUUUUUCUUGAUUUAGUACCCAAGAAUGCUUCAGUUAGGCCCUAAUUUUCCAGCUGAGAACAAGAAUUCCAAGUUUGUCUCUGACAAUGCAAACCCAAGUUGCAAUGUUAUGACAGGAAAUUUCAAGAACCCUUGCACAAACUUCAGAUUUGGGCAUUGUAGGUACGGAAGCAACUGUUUUUUUGCUCAUGGAACUGGUGAAAUGAUGCCUAAUUUGCAACUGGGUAGGGUUUGGAAUGGGGUUUAUGGAUUAGGAAACCAAUCAAAUGUGUGUAAAAUGUUCUAUUUCAGGAAAGAAUGUGCAUAUGGGGAUAAGUGUAAGUUUCUUCAUGAAAAUCCUGAGAAAACUGUUAAGAGUUCAUCUGUAAGUAGAGGAUUUUCCAGGCCAUUGAUGAAGAAAUACAGACUCUGUAAGAAGUGGGAGAUUACUGGAAGCUGCUCAUAUGGGAAAAUGUGUUGCUUUGCUCAUGGACUUGCAGAACUCGAGAGGCCUAGUGAGCAGAUUGAAUUGGCAUCCUGGUUUUUGCCUGCUAAGACUGUAGAGACUCUUGCUCUGGAAAAAGAUGUGAUCAGGACUAGUUUUAAGCGGAAAUUGGAGGAGCUUGAGUGCAAAUUUCAGCAGAAAGAAGUGCGAAAAGCUAGCGGCAUUUAUGCGGAUUGGAUUGAUGACAUGCCCUUUCUGCAUAACUCACUCAACAAAGAAGAAUAAUGCAGUUGAAGUUCAUCCUUGUCAAUAUCAGGAAUCCUAAUUUUGAAUCGGAGAACGUAUUCAGUUUAGUCGAAGCUAUAACAUUUUGAUUACUUAGAAUAUCCUUUAUUCCAAGCUCAGACAAAUUAAUCCUAGGAGGAAGCUGAUUUUUGAACUUCAUUGCAACAGAAGGCUCUGCUCUAUGUUCUGUUUUCAACUAGUAAACCGUAUCUUAAUACCAAUAUGUUCUUCAA